AUGGUUUCAAACAAUGUUGUUCCGAUGAAGUUAGAAAGUUCUGACAGAAGAUAUGUAGUUGUCAGAACGUCAGAUUCUCAUAUGCAAGAUACAGAAUAUUUUGACGACUUAGCAGAAACUUUGACAUCUGACUUUUACAACCACUUGUUCUCAUAUUUUAUGACAUUAGAUAUUUCAAAGUUCAAUCCAAGACAAAUUCCACAUACCGAAGAGAGACAAACAUUGUUAGAAGCAAACAAGAGUGUAUAUGAACUGUUCAUAGAUGAAACUGACUUUGAGUGUUUAGAUGAAAGGUCAUUGUACGAUUCGUAUAAACAAUAUUGUCAAGAAUAUGGUUAUAUGGCAGCUUCUAAACGAACAUUCUUGGCAAAUGUCAAAAGUCUUUUAGAUGUUCAGAAUGGUGUAUAUACAAAGAAAAAUUUUUCUGAGUAA